GCCGCCGACGCCAACAUGGCCCGCGCUGGUGCUGACGAGAAGGACGCGCAACACCGUGACGACGUCACGGGCCCAGCCCGACGUCAUGAUGGGCCGGGCGCGGUUGAAAAGGGCUUACACGAACGUCGGCAUAGCAGACAUUCCAUACACGCGCCCUCUCUCCCCGUCGGCGCCAUGUCUGGCCUCAAGAAAAUCCUCACCAAGGCCUCCAAGCGCACCAGCAGGCUCCUCAGCCCGACUUCGUCGACACCUGGAACACCCGCCACGGAGGAUGGCUCGCAGACCAUCAGUCGCACCAGCUCUCCGCAGGCCUACGAUCAUGCCAAGGAGCACUCCAAGGAACGUUCCGGAUCCAAGCCGAACGGCACCAUCGCCGAUCGCAACAAGCACCCCACCGAGGAGACCACGGACUUCGCCACGAAGACCCAUCCCGCCAGUCGCGAGCGCAGGCCCUCAUUCACAGAGCAGAGGAUCAAUCGGAAGGAGGACCGCGAGGAGGAGAACGAGGCUCAGGCCAAAGCCCGCGAGCAGCGCAAGCGUAAGGCUUGGGAAGAGGACCCUCUGCGAGAGCAUUACGGUGACUUGCCCCUGAACAUGUCGCAGGAGCGAUCAGAGCGCAAGCUUGACUCGCUUGUGGAUUUGGGUGAGGUGCAUAAAGCCGGUGACAAGAUCCACUUUCGUGCUCGCGUACACCAUCUUAGACCAGUUGGUCCGAAAAUCGUCUUUAUCCUCUUCCGACAGCGAUUUGCAACGAUCCAGGGUGUGCUUACGGAGGAGCAGGGUCGCGUUUCGCAAAACAUGGUGAGAUGGGCGGAGGGCAUCAGCCGUGAAACCGUCGUGCUCGUCUCCGGCACGCUGCAGAAUCCACCAGAAGAACAAGGCGAAAUUAAGAGCACCACCUUGCACGACCUCGAGCUCAGGAUCGAGACAAUUCACGUUGUCGCGCAUCCUACGGUGAGCUUGCCGUUCCAAGUCGAAGAUGUUUCGCGUUCGCAUCAGGAAACAACGAAGGACGACGCGCACUUUGUACAUGUUGGCGAUAAAACUCGUUUGGACAAUCGCGUUCUGGAUCUUCGAUCCCCUGCGUCGCAAGCUAUUUUCCGCAUUCACGCCGGGAUCUGUCGCCUUUUCCGCGAAUAUCUCGACGCACAGGGGUUCACGGAGAUUCAAUCUUCGAAAUUCCAGGAGGCGACUGCGGAGUCGGGAGCUGCUGUUUUCAAGGUCGACUACUUCAGGCGCCCAGUUUUCUUGGCACAGAGUCCGCAGCUCGCCAAGCAGAUGUGCAUCGCCGCGGACAUGGAGCGUGUUUAUGAGAUCGGUCCAGUCUUCCGUGCCGAGAAUUCGAAUACUCACCGCCACUUGACCGAGUUUAUCGGACUCGAUCUCGAGAUGGCGUUCGAAAGCCAUUACCACGAGGUGAUCGAUGUCAUAGAUGGCAUGCUCUUGAAUAUCUUCCGAGGGCUACAGUCACAGUACCGGCAAGAGAUCGAGGCGGUGAAGCGCACUUAUCCCCACGACGAUCUCGUCUUCCUUGACAAGACUCCGCGGCUCAAGUUUGCAGACGCUGUCAAGAUGUUAAACGAGAGCGGUUGGAGGGAUGAAGAAGGCAACCCUGCAGAUCCCAUGGAGGAUCUUAGUACGAAAGCUGAGGUGGCACUUGGCAAGGUUGUCAAGGAAAAAUUCGGCACUGAUUACUACAUCUUGGACAAAUUCCCUGCUUCCGCAAGACCUUUCUAUACUAUGCCCGACCCGACGGAUUCCAAACUUACCAAUUCAUAUGACUUCUUCAUCCGAGGAGAGGAGGUCCUUUCGGGUGGCCAGCGUAUACAUCAUGCUCCCUUGCUCGAGGAGAAGAUGAAGGCGAACGGGAUUCAUCCGGACACAAUGAAGGAAUACCUCGACGGGUUCAAGUGGGGAUGCCCUCCCCACGGUGGAGGUGGCAUCGGAUUGGAGCGUGUUGUAUUCCUCUUCUUGAAAUUAGGGAAUGUCCGAUGGGCCAGUUUGUUUCCAAGGGAUCCUCGCAGCUUUGCGAAGAAUGGACAAGAUCUCGGUGAAGCAACCAUGGCAGCGGCAGCAGCGACGAUCCUUCACGGGCCAGAAUCUACCACGUUUGCACCAGGCUCAGGUCAACAUGAACUGCCUCCACUUGAGAACUUGAUCGCGAAAUAUGGGGAUGCAACGAAUACAUCUUGGGUUGACCCUGCUUGGACGGUUUGGCGGGAUGAGAACACGGGCGCUGCCGUUGGAUACAUUCCCUCGAAUGGUUUUGCCGUCACUUUCGGCAAUCCGCUUUGCGACGUGAAGCAGAUACCCAGGGUCGUCGAUGCCUAUCUCGACUACCUCCGAACUGAGAAGAAGUUGAAGCCGGUCUGGUGCUGCAUCGAUAAGCACACGGAGCAAUAUUUGGCUGAGAAGCUAGGCUGGAGCGCUCUCAUCGCAGUGGCGGAAGAGAGGAUCAACCCUACCGACGUCGAUCCCGAUAGCGACAAAACCGUGAGGCGCAAGAUCCACCGUGCCGAACGAGAGGGUGUGAAGAUUCACGAAGUUGACGGACCCAUGGACGAGGCUUUGAAGCAAGAAAUCGAGGAGCGAUGCAAGGACUGGGCGGAUCACCGCAAAGGUUCACAGAUUCACCUGACGGGCGUACGUCCACUCGAUGACAUGGCGCAUCGUCGCUACUUCUAUGCUCGUGAUAAAGAGGGAAAGAUGUGUGCACUCGUCGUAUUAGCGCAAUUAUCCGUUGCGCAUGGCUUCCAGAUUAAGUGGGCGCUAGAAUUCCCGCAUGCACCGCUGGGCGCGAUUGAGUAUAUACUGGCCUAUGUCAUCAAGAAGCUGGGUGACGCUGGCGUUAAGACUGCGACCUUUGGUGCAGGCGCAACAGCAGAGAUGAGCCGUGUAGAGAAUAUCGGAGGUUUCCGUGUGCGAACACUGGAGAAGGCCUACAAUGGAUUGUCGCACACAUUCCACCUCACGACCAAGAAUGAUUUCCGAUCCAAAUUCGGGACUCGCCAGGAACCACUGUAUGUAUGCUAUCCUAAGGGCGGACUCGGCGUCAAAGGCAUUCAGGCCAUCAUGAACAUGCUUCAAAUGGACAAGUAAUAACGGAAGCCGUCACACGAUCAUAAUAUGAGGAAACAUCACAGAGAUAUUCCCUUGUUCACGUUCGCAGUUCGCUGUAUCCUAGAGCUUGCUUUGAUUCCUUCCGGAUUGUCUGUGCGUAAUACGUAGUUAUACUAAUGUACUUCUGAGGUCUCCGGGGAGGGCAAGGGUCGUAUUUACUUCUAUCAAGUUCUUGGGUCCGCGCGGUUGCAAUCCUAGCUGGAUAUGGAUGCACCUGAUAUGAAACAAUCUG